AUGUCGGGAAAGGACGCCGCACUCGAGGCCCCGGAGGGGAAAGGACGCCGCACUCGAGGCCCCGGAGGGGAAAGGACGCCGCACUCGGGGCCCCGGCAGGGGAAAGGACGCCGCACUCGAGGCCCCGGAGGCGGCGGCGGCGUCACCGCGGAGGCCGCACAUGGCCCGCGGCGCUCUGCUAGCGGACGGGCGGCCCCGGGCCGGGUACCUGCGGUCGGGCGGCGGGAUGCGGCUUCGCGAGCCUCCUCUGGCCGGCCGGGACCUCGCCCUCGUCGUCCUCCCCGCCUCGCUCCCGACUCCGGUCUUUCUUUUGCCCCCCGCCUCUCUCUUUGCCCUCCCCCCGCCCCGCUUCGGCCCCCUCCUCGGCCGACGCUCCAAGAUGGCGCCGCCGCCGGGACCGGUCACGUGAGCAGCGGGCCCGGUCAGUGUUGGGCCCGGAACUGCAGAUCUUCCUGCGUUGGCUUCUCAACUGCUGGGAUCACAGACAUUUGCGACUGCAUCUGGCUGGUAGCAAUACGUCUUUAUAUUGUCUCAAAACAGCGAAAGAUUGGGCCUGGAGAGAUGCCUCGCGGCUGUGAGCUCUUGCUGCUCUUCUCAAGGACCCAGGGCGCUGAGCAGAUGGGCUCCAUCCUCCUGACAUUUUUCACCUCUCUUGUAAAGCCGGAAGUUCCAUUUAUCCUUCCUCCAAGCUUCAGAUGUCUAGUCUGCGGAGGUACAGAGUUUAAUUACAGGAGGUCCUCUGGGUUCAAAAUGGAACUUCAUCAUGAAGAGUAAUGGCGAGUCUUGACUUUAUUAAUGAAUGAAAAGUUUGCUCGAUGAGAGUCAAAAGGAAUGUACGAUUAAAAGACAUGAUAUAUUAUCAUAUAUCUAGCUGUCAGUAAUAAAUUAACAUUAGCUCUGGAUUUUGUACACUGAAUAUAUACCUAGAAAUACUUCAUAAUCAUAGUUCGGGUCUCAAGAACCAUCGUAAAUUAUCCACCUGUCCGUCAUUCAUUCCCCGUAAGAGCCGCCGACCCCUGUUACCAAUGCAGCGUACUGGCAUCUGGAGUCGCUGGUGCUGGGGUCAGGAAGCUGGCUCGGUGGGUUAAAAGUGUUUUCCGUGCAAGUGCAAGGACCAGAGGUUGAGUCCCUAGGACUCACAAGAAGCUGGACACCCAGUGUGGUGAGUGUCUGCGAUUCCCAGCACGAGGCGCAAACAGGAGAGCCUCUAGAGCAUCACAGGCCAGCAAGAGGCCCCGUCUCACGUGACGUGGAAGGCAGCGCCCUUGACAUCUGUACCUGCGCCGCGGUGCAGGUGUGUCUACAUUGAUGUUUGCACACGAGGCACAUGCACGUGACACACAUGUGCAAACGCACAAAAGUACAAAUAAAUAAAAGCCAUGCAAGCUCUA